AGGCAUUCUUGGUCCUGGUUGUUGCAGAAUCUUCCAGCAGCUGAUUCCGUGUAGCGUUGCCUACUAGAAAGCGUGUUACUCAGGGAUGGCGAAGCAGAAAUCGCUAAUAUUGCUAGGAUACGACGAUGAACCAAUCCUGGAGAAAGACAAACCCUUGCUGUCCUACACAACUAACAAGAUAGGUGGCCAUGCGGAUUGGCCAGCUGGAGCGGUAGACGUACCACCGUGUGCACUAUGUGGCCAGCAGCGGCCACUGAUUGUCCAGAUUUAUGCUCCGCUGGAGGAUUCCCAGUUCCAUCGUACGCUAUACGUGUUUGCCUGCUUGAACGCGCCGUGCUCCACACAGUCACAAUCCUGGUCCUGUGUCCGAGUACAGUCACUGGAAAAGAGUUCGCCAGGAACGGAAGUCGCGGAGCCGGGUACCGUGAAGCCGGUGACAAAGGCCGAAAGCACGGCGAUAAGCUGGUGCAGUGGCGCGGAUGAUUGGGGCGACGAUGGAGAUCCCGAAGAGCUAGGUACCUCGACGUUUAUACGGGUCGAUACAAGCAGCAUCGGGGCGGUUGCGGAGCAACUGCUGAACGAGGAGAACGGUAACGUGAUCCAGUAUGAGAAAGUAUCCGACGAGGACGAUGAGAGCAACUCGAUGGAAACGGAUCCGCUGCCGGGGUUCGGCAAUCUGCAUGUGGACGAGCGAAAUGCAAACGCUUGCGGCGAUGACCGUGCGGUGGUAGGAGCGACCGGUGGUGAGCUGAUUGAUAACUUGUAUACGGCAAAGGCUUCGGCGGAGAUCGAGGGCCCAGAGACGGCCGAGGUAGUCGUUGUGGAUACACCCGUAGCGUUGAAGCGUGAUCUGAUUGCGUUGCUGAAGCAACCACAGAUCGUACCCCGUGAUAUUGAAGACGUAACACUUCAGCCCCUAUACAUAAGUGUCGAUGAGGAACGAUCAAGCGCACCGAUCGUUUCCGAUCACGUGCGUCGACUAAUCGAUGAGUACCAGCGGUACGAAGAAGUUGCUACAAGCCCUGAUAGCCCAGCCGAAAGUGCUUCCGCUAGUGGUGGCAAAACACUAGGAACGCAAGAAACGGAGCUCUACGAAAAAGGUGUACCGAUGCACGGUGACUUGAUGUUUCACUCGUUCAUGACGAAGCUGCAGGAAAAUCCUGGCCAAGUGUUGCGAUACUCGCGCAAUGCGCUUCCACUGUUGAUCGCACCGCUUAAGGAGAUCAAUGUGCCACCGCACUGCCAGUACUGCAAGUACGAGAUGAUCUGUGAGGUGCAGCUGCUUCCGACGGUUAUCGAAAAACUGCGAUUUGCAGCGAACGGUGAGCGUACCCCGAUCGAUUUCGGUAAUGUGCUAGUCUGGACGUGCAUCAAGAGCUGCUGGGAUACGCCGGAUAAAAUGCGCCAGGAACUGGUGCUAGUGCAGGCUGAGUCAUAAGCAUAGGCGGCCGAGUAAUGCCGGAUGGGGGGGAUAGCUAAAAGUCAUAGCUAACCCAAGCCUUUAAGAAACAGAGAAAGCAAUGCGGCAGGCCCUUACCGUUUCCUCGGAAUACCGUAAUUAACAUGAACCGAUGCACAAUGGAAAAGUGAAGCAGGUGCCAGGAAAGGCAACAUUUAUCGUACUGAAGACUAGAAACGAAACGAAACCCCUCGUCAAUUGGAUAGCAGAGUUACCUUAUCUCGGAAUGUGUGGUGUGAGGCAUAGGGAACGAGUGGUGGAUAACACAUUUCAAAUUUUAAUCCCUUCUUACUCUCUUCCUGCCGGAAUCGUCCUAGCGCCGAUGCCAGACGAUUCCGGAUAUUUUAAACCAAUUUUAUAACGCGCUCGCAAAACGCCACCGGCAUCGAUAUUGUAGUGUUGAACGUUUCGCAUUACAAAAUACCAAUAAUCGUCUCUCCUUAGGAGCAGUAGGGUAGUGAAAGACAGAGCAUUAUGCAAAUUUAGCGGGUGACUCCCGUGCUCAUCCGUUCGGUUUGGAUUCGUAUGCAUGCCGUCCGUUCUUGUUCCUUUGCUAACCAGUACCGGGAUGCGGGAGAAGCUCGCAGUGUGGCUUCACGAAUGGCCAAAGCAUCCACAACGCGAAGCGAUAGUUCUAAAUAUGUAAUGAGUUUGCCGUUGUUUCGUGAUGUAAGCGAUCGAAUUCAAUUUACCAAAUACUCAAACGCAUGAGCAGGAAACCGAUUCACUGUUUAAACCAGCCAACAGCAGCGACUGCAUUGCAACGCGUGCCACACGGUAAACCAGCGCCGCCAGGUGAUUUUAAUGCUAGAUUCCGAAGUCGUCUUUUGAAUUUGAAUUAGCAUUUUACGUGUUUUGUCCUAAAACGAAUAAAAACUAAAACGGAUUCAACGUA